CUCUCCAAGCUAAAUAUCGGUUAUCCACACUCUAGAUGCAAUUUUGCACUUGGUUAGGCAGCGCUCUGCGCAUGAGGAGAAGGUAUAGCCAAUGACAAAUAUCGAAAACUUCAUUCUGUUAGCAAUUCCAUCUGAACAGAACAAAUAUUUCUCACAGUUCCGCGUGAACAGAGUGUCUAGUCAAAGAUUCGUUCGCCAAUUCGAGAACAACACAGUCGUUAGAGAAGAAAGACCCAGUAUUUGAACAGCUAAGAACAAUCUGAAAUAAAUGGCUUCCUCGGUAGAAGACAGACUAGAGAAAAAUCUGGAAUGUGGAAUUUGCUUGGAAUCAUUCCAAAAGCCUAGAAUGUUGCGUUGUCAUCACACCUAUUGUGAACACUGCCUUCAACGAAUUGUGUUUAGGGCUGCUGGUGGGCGUAAGCAGAAAAUCACGUGUCCUGAAUGCCGAGUGGAAACCAAGCUGCAACAAGGUGGUGUCGAAAAUCUUCCUUCCAAUUUCCUAAUCAAGCAGCUCUUGGAAGUUAACAAUGACGCCCAACUUGAUGCGCAAGUUAAUUGUGAGAAACACGUGGAAGAACCAGUAGAUCUUUAUUGCUCAUGCGAUAAACCGAUAUGCAGAGCAUGUACAGUGAUAGACCACCGUUCCCACUUGAAUCAACCUUUGAGUGGAGUAUUUUCUCGUGAGAAAAAAAAGAUAGGAAAACUGUUGGAAGAAGCAAAACCGCAGAUGUCUGCACUUAAAGCAGAAAUUACUUCUAUAGAGGGUAUCGAAGAAGCAUUGCCACAAAACUUUUUGGAGGUCAAGAAACAAGUUGACAGCUUCAUCGAUAGUAAAAUUUCACAAUUGGAUAGUGCAAGGGAAAGACUGAAGGAAGAGGUGAAUGAAAUGUCUACAGCUCUUGUCAAUGACCUGAAAGAGAAAAGGGAGGCUCUACUUUUGUCAGUAAGCAAAGUAGAGACUGUUAAAGAAAGUUUCACCAGCUGUAGCCAUAGUGGCGAAAAGAAAGUGGAAUUCUUGCGUAAGAGAAGACAAUUUGAGGAGCAUCUAAAGGAUCUAAGUUCAAUUUCCCAUGAUAUUCGACCUUGUAAAAAAGUUUCCCUCCAGCUUCUGAAAAUCCACCCCGUAAACAGUGGCAGUGACCUUCAGAAUCAGGCAAGAAUUAGGCGUAUCGAGUUUUCCGAAUCUGAAAAACCUCCUUCAGUCAGUACUGAUGACGUAACACUACCUAAAAUAAGGAUAGAGUUUGCUUUGCUUCUAUUAGUGAUGGGUUUGUUAAUCGUGUUUCUUCUAGAGCAAAAGGUCAAAGUUCACUGAGAGGUACACAAAUUUGUACCACGAGGUUUUUUCUUCAAUUACUACGGCAUUUUUAAUUUGAAGACAUGUUUGGGCUCAUGAAUCUCGAUUUAUCUUCAAAGACACAAGAAAUGUCCUAUACUCACCGAAAAAGCGUGUCCAAAUAGAUGUCACGGGUCCCUCCAAGAAAGAGUGAAUUUUCGAGGAGGGUUUACUUCGAUGAACGUAAAACUAUUUAGAUGAAAUUUUGACUGAGGUCCAAUCCAAGUUUAACAAAAAUUCCUUAAGUGAACUUUACUUAAAUCUAACUCAUCUUAAGUGCAUGGAAAUAUUUUUAAACCAAUUAUCCUAAAGACGUCUUUUUUAACUUGGAAAAUACCACUGUCUUUUUUUUCCGGACCAAAUUUGGACAACAAACCAAGUACUUAAUGAACAAAGAAAACACAAACCUGGUGUAAGAAAUGUGAAAACUGACGUAGAGAGUGUGGAAAAUCUUAACUUUAAAGUGCACCUAAACCCAAAACUUUUUUUUUUUUCGCUUAACGAAAUAAACUUAUUUUUUGGA